AUGAAAGUUUUAAUUGCUUCUUUGGUAUCUUCCGUUUUGAGCGUGCCCGUCAUGUCUCAAAUGGUCGCAUCACUCAACGUUGGCGGAAAAGGCGUCGGAGGAUCAGUCAAGUUUACUGCUUCUGGAAAUAAUGCCGUCCAGAUUCUCGCUCAAGUUACUGGAUUACAAGGAUUGGAUAUAAAUAAUAUCUAUCCUUGGCAUAUACAUGUGAAUGCAAUCUCCGGUACUGAUUGUGCCAGUGCUGGUGGUCACUUGAAUCUUUUAAAUGUUGCCGAGACAGGAACAACUUGUACCGAAGACCCAGCUCAAUUUGCAACCAACUGUGUAACUGGUAACAUGGCUGGUAAAUUCGGAGCUCUGUCACAAGCUGGCUCAAAGUCUGGCAUCGACCAUACUUUUACUUUGCAAGAUCUGGUUGGACGAUCUGUUGUUGUUCAUACGGAUGAUACUGCCAAAACUCGAUUGGCAUGUGGUACUAUAACUGGAAACCCUGGUCAAACAGCUGCAGGAAAGAAUGCAACGGCUGUAAACAAUGGUGGUGCCAAGAACGGAACUGCUAAAGGUACUGCUACGUCACCAAAUCCGAAUGCUGGAGCCAAAGCUCAAAAUGGUGCUAAGGCAUCUCCUGCAGCUCAGAAUAAUAAAGCUGCAGCAUCUCCUGCACCAAAACAGAAUGCUAAUGUGAAGGCAUCUGAAGCUGCUCAGAAUGUGAAGGCAUCGCCUGCUGCCAAAAAAACUGCUGCUGUCAAGGCAUCGCCAGCUGCACAAAAGCCAGCUGCUGCCAAUAAUGGCAAUGGCAAUGCUAAGCCAACACCCAAGGUAAAACGAGGCAGACUGGUCGCCACGUUCAACGGAAUGAACGGCAUUGGUGGUAUCCUGUUCCAAGCAUCUGCAGACAAGGGAACUACUACUCGUAUCAAAGCUGCUGUAACAUGUCACUUCAGCAAGCUUGGUAUCGAUGAGGACGCUGUAGUCUGUACUGAGGAUGCUGCCACCUUCGUGACGAACUACGCAACCGGUAAUCUUGCAGGCAAAUUUGGGAUGAUGUCAAACGCCGGAUCCAAGACGGGAAUUGAUCACACUUUCGGGCUGAACGACAUCCGAGGAUUGUCAGUCUUUAUUCACAAAACUGAUACAGCCAAGGCCAGGCUCGCCUGUGCCAACAUUAUGGACGAGCCAACCGCCGUGCCAUUCGGAAACGGAGACACAAAUCUAUCUCCAGCGUUCGGUAGUCCAAAACCGUCACCAUCAUUCGGAAAUGGACGAGCAGCAAGCCCAAACUUUAAAGCUCUAGCAUCUCCAACUCCAUCCAUGAAUAAUAAUGGAUAUCAACCCAAGAGGUCUCCAUACCCUUCUAACGGGGACUACUCCGUCUUCUGGCAACAACAGGGCUGCAUUACCUAUUCCUUCAAACCAUGUAAAGGAAUCAUCAAAGUCUUCACCUGUGACUUAACAAGUGAAAGCUUCUCUAAUGCCGAAAAGGAAUAG